AUGGGUGACGUGGUUACCCAACUCUGGCAAUAUGAAGAAAACAUCUCCUUACAGACCUGCAUCUCAGCUGUGGAGAAGCUGUCUGAGACAACGUCUGAGACCCUGGCCCGGGAGCUCCAGCAUUUGAGAGAAGGAUCUGGAAAAACUUUUGUGGCACUUCUGAUUUGUGAACACCAUCCUCAAAACAUCCCUGCAGUGAAAGACGAAGUUGUCUUUCUUGCAACUAAAGUGUCAGUGUAUGAACAAGAGAAAACUGUAUUCAAGCAGCAUUUUGAAUGAAGUGGAUAUUCUGUUCAAUGAAUUAGUGAUGAAACAGGUGCAAAUGUCUCUGUAGAAAAGGUUAUAUAGGACAGUGACAUCAUCGUGCUGACGCCCCAGAUUCUUGUGAAUAGCAUCGAGGAGGGGAUCCUUAGCAACCUCUCCAUCUUCACUCUGAUGAUAUUUGAUGAGUGCCACAACACUACAGGCAACCACUCUUACAAUGUGUUACUGACCACGUCGGUACAAAAAUUUGACUCCUUUGCAAACCAGCUACCUCAGAUUGUACGUUUAACUGCUUCUGUUGGAGUUAACGCCAAGAACACCAAGGAAACAACAGAGCACAUCUGUACUCUCUGCUCCUACCUUGACAUACUGGCCAUAUCCACUCUCAGAGAGAACAAACAGGAUCUGCAGAGAUUCAGAAAGAAGCCGGAAACAUAUGUCAGAUGGGUUAAAAUGCGAGCUCAGAAUUACUUUGCAGACAUUAUCCCAGAUCUGAUGUCUGAGACAGAGGUGCUGAUGAGGAAAAUUUACUCCCUGGGUAAGAUACUGUAACAUAUACUUAUCUCUCAAAUCAACAAGAAUGGUUUUGGAACACAGAAAUAUGAACACUAGAUAGUUGCCACUCAGAAGAAAUGCAGACUUUUGCAAUUGGCAGAUAAGGAGAAGGAGAGCAGCAUUUGUAGAGACCUUUUCACUUGUAUUGAACACUUGCGGAAAUUCUAUGAUCCUCUCAUCAUCAGUGAGGAUGCUCACAUUGAGGAUGCUUUAUCCUACCUAAAGGAAUUUUUCACAAAUGUCAAAAAUGGACCACAUACAGAAUGAGAGAAGCAACUGACAGUUACAUUUCAAGAGAAAGAACCAGAACUGACUGCUCUUUCAAAAGACUAAUCUAAUCAGAAUGCCAAGCUGUAAGAGCUUUCUUGCAUCCUGGAUGAAGCACACUGCUAUAACCCACAGACUUGCACUCUUCUCUUUGCUAAGACAAAAGCCUUAGUAGCUGCUUUGAAGAAGUGGAUAGAAGCAAACCCCCUACUUAGCCACAUAAAGCCAGAUGUGUUGAUGGGUCGUGGAAGAAGAGACCAAAAAACAGAUACGCAGUUUCUUGGUACUGUAGGUAUGAACCUCCCACUGCAGAAGAGUGGAUGCAUUCAAAACAACAAAGACAGCAGCCUGCUAAUCACUACAUAUGUUGCUGACGAAGGCAUUGAUAUUUCUGAGUGCAACCUUGUUGUGCUCUGUGAAUACUUCGGUAAUGUCACCAAAAUGAUCCAAGUCAGAGGUCGUGGAAGGGCAAGAGAUAGCAAGUGCAUCCUUGUGACAAGCAAAACAGAAAUGGUUGAGAACGAGAAACACAACUGUUUUAAGGAAGAAAUGAUGAAUGAAGGACUUGAAAAGCUACAGAAUUGGGAUGAAACAACAUUUGCAAGAAAGGAAUCUCAUCACACUGUCCUAGGAGAUGCGUUCAAGGAGUGUUAUAUAACAAAGCCUCACCAGAAACUAGUCCAGUUUAACUGUUUUGAGAAAAAAAGCAAGAUGCAUUGCCAAAAUACUAAUUGCCAGCAUGACUGGGGAAUCACAGUGAAGUACAAGACAUUCAAUGAUCUACCAGUGAUCAAAAUCAAAAGUGUUGUAGUAGAGAACAUGGAAACCGGGACACAAAUGGAUUUUCAUAAAUGGAAAACUACUUAUUUUUCUUUGAAGAAUUUUGAUGUUGAAGAAACGUCCAGUUGA